AUGGCGAAAUCGCUUUUCCACCAUCUCGCGCUACCGCAGCAACUUCCACAUUCUGAAGAUGCGGAUCUUUCCGUUAUCGAGGCCAGCCUAACCGACCAGCUUCUUGCGGCGGUGCGUCUGAUGCGAGACUCUGCGGGAGAUGGGCUUCGAUCUGGGUCCGGCCGUGUCUGGGAACGCGUUCGCCAAUGCCUAGUCGUGUCUAAAGCUAUUACCAGCAACGGCAGGGUUGACAGAAUACGGCUGUUGUCCGCUUUACGAACCAUAGGGCCGCUUGAGGCGAUACUUUUGCACAUCCGCAAUCAGAAUGCGGCUCUCUUUAUCCACCGAGUCUCCGAAUCUGAGGUUGUAUUCGAGGUGUUCGAAACCUCCCCGAGGAAUGAGGAUGUUCUCGCGGGGAACAAUGCCCUCCAGUGGGACUUCCCCGGCAGCGCAAUUGCUCUCCCUUUAUCGACACUACACGAUGACGACUUCCAAAACAGCCUUGCCCAGUUCCUUGAGCAAGCAUCUCUCGAGUCAACCAAAGACUUCGGGGGUCAGUCAUUCAAGGCCGGAAUCCAAAGCUACGAAGACCGAGCGACCGCGAACCCAGCCAUCAUCAGCUCACUAUUGAUGGCAGUGCUCGAAGAGAAUGGACGGCGACUCUCAACCCCUCUGCUUCGCAAACGGGUCCGGGAUGACGUCUGUUGGGACAGAGCCCGAAGACCGUGGCGUCGUUCCCCUGGCUGGCUUGCGCUCCGUGUCACCAUUUCGCGAUACCUGCUGCUUACACUUGGGCCCGACCUGGGCCGGUUCGAGUACAAGUUUUGCCUCUGCGUCUGCUUGGCCAAGUUUCUCGAGGGGAGCCAAUCAUAUCUCGAGGUAGACCAGGUGCAUUUUCUCAAAGCGAAGUUGUGCCGGAGAUUGGCGAAGUUGGACAUGGAAAGAAGCAAUGUCCGGGACAAGCAUCUGAUGCAAAACGUGGACCAAAUCUUUUCCAACCUGACGCCAACCAUCGAUCCCAGUAUCCACAACGCCGCCAACCGCAUAGAAUCUGUGUGGGCAGCAUGGCGGCAGUCUUUUCUCAAGCACAUCCCGCCUUUGCCUAGGAGAGCGUCGUGGACUGAUACGACUCUUCCCCUGCGAGUCAGUGGGGAGUCGUUGCGGUCAAUCCUGGCCUCGUCUAACAAAAUGAUCAAGGGGGACCGGCGAAGAUGGAUUCCGCCGUCCAACUUCAACCCUUCUAGUUUAGCCAACGAGCAUUUUGCCAAGUUCGCCGCGCCGAUUCUGGACAUGGCUGAGAGAGAGGACAACGUGCGGGCGACACUCAGUUCGGGUGCUGGAUCUCUACAUCCCGAGAUAUGCUCCCUCAUGGACAAAGGAUUGCCACUGUACCGAGGCAACGCCAGCCAGAUGAGUCUGUUGAUCCUAGACGUCAUGGAACUCUGGACAAUACUGGACACCAGGGCAUGCCAACAAUUCCCCCUUCUCCGAGACUAUCACCCCGUCUUCACGCCUGAAAUCCUGGAUAUUCUACACCUCGCAUUUUACAAGGACAUGGUUCGUUUGCAAAACAUUCAGAAUUACCUCGACGCGCGCAUUAUGGCUUGUAAUGGGUCCAAGGUCACAAUUUUUGACGAUCCCACCAACGACUGUUUUGCACGGAGAUACUACGAUGAAGUCGACGUGGCAGAAGAGAUGUAUAUUCUCCGCGACGAAAUCGAGGAAGACGCGAGUUCCCGGAAGCAAGCCAAGUCAAUCGAGUGGCAGCGUAAGACUGUUGAAUAUGAUGAUCUGACCCGACGGGUCAACGGAAGCGCCUGUAUCCUCACGGUUGAUGAGAAUGAUCCGUAUGGGUUGGGGCAGCACAACGCCCGCUCUUGCCCCCGGUGUCAGAUGAUCCGUGAAAUGAACAAAAUCCGCAUCGAAAUCUACGAGCACCCACUCCCAUCCGACGACGUCAUGGCCAAAGUGGUGGUAUUCGAGUUACGGUGCCCUCGUGCUUUUGCAACUUAUCGCGAUACAACUUGGGCGGUCUUAACACAGCUCGCCUCCUCUGCUCCAGCUCGAGGGGUUGAACCGAAGUGCUUCCUGAAUGACUAUCAAGCGCUUGUGGGGUUUGGUAUUGGCACAACGCGGAGCUUUUGCCUUGCGUCUUUCACAAAGCCAUUCCUAAAGACGCACUAUGCCACGGUCGGAUUUCCAGUGGAGUGGGAAGGCAGCCGAGAUGCAUUGUGCAAGCCCAACGGUUUGAAGCUCGCCUAUUUUGAUCAGAACAGCAAGAUUUGGACCGGCAGAGGACGGGUGAAACCCCAGUUCGCCCACCACGUUCAGCUACAGUUGCCACAUGAUUCUCCAUUCCGUGCCGUCUUUGAUCACAAGAGCUUCGCAAGCGACGGUGUCGGUCCCUCAUCAUACGAAAUCAUGGCGACCCAGGUGAAUUGUCCUUCUGGUCUGAAUCCUCACGAGUUCCUGGCCCUGAAGACGCUCAUGUCAGGCACCAGCCGCCGGUGGAUAUCGAUCCUAAUCGAGCUCGGCGCGACGAACAUGAAUUGGUCGACCGAAGCCAGCGCGAUACUUCUCGACCACCUCGUCCUGCACUGCGGGCCGAGAUCAAAGGAAACCGACGAGCUGCAACCUUUGAGGCUGAUCCACUGGGUUUUCGGCGACGCCCCCUUCGUCGAGAAGUUACUUGAGCAAAUCAGCGCUCGUCUGUCAAAUCUCGCCGCAUUGGCCAGCUGGAGAGAAACGAAUCUGAUGGGAACAAUCGUCACUCUGGGUCUGCGUAUUCUUGACCUGGCUUCUGCUGCAGAGGCGGGACCUGAGAUUGAGGAGAAGGCACUCGGCUGCGUCCUCCAGGCCCGGGAAAUCUGCGGUCGCUGGUUCAGACUCCUUCGGGAAGAGAUUCAGAAAUCCCCCGACACGGCCGCGGCUCAACAGCUGCAACAGCGUGCUCUUGCUGCCGCUCUGCUGUGUCGACGCACAUUUGUCAUCCACUUAGAAGAUUCGUUGUCGGUCCCUUUUGAUGUCGCAGCAUUGACGGCCUAUAUCGAAUCGGUCGUCGCCACACACGAGAACAUGGUGAAUAAGAUCCAGUCGCUCCCGCAGACCAUGCUGCAUGACAUGGUGUCCGCGAUCAAGCUGUCACAUCAGCUGAAAACCCUCGUCACCGACUCCAUCUCUGCCAAUCCAUUUAGUCUCUGCGAUGGCUUGAAGCAUUUCUGGCCCGACGCCGAUCGGAUUAGGUCGACGGACACCAAAAUCACUCUUGAACACACGGGUUGGAUUUCCUGUGAUAUUGCCGAGACGGAAACGGAGAAUCAUCAGGUGGUGGAGUUCGACUUGAUCUCCGGGGCAUUGGCUGUGAAUGGGAAACGUGUUGGGAAACUACCCCAAGAUGUGCAAGACUCACUGGUAAUCAAGGAGCUCUUUGGCGAUCAGCCACUUCGAGUGUUUCAGUCAUCGAUUCCGGGCAUGACAUACACCCUGACGACUCGACCGUACAAAUUCACCGUCCACAUCGGAUACGAAGGUCGUAACACAAUUAUCAUGGCCAAGUCCAGCGGCCCGCAGCCCCGCAUCGUCCGCUUUAUCCCACGCGAUACCUUUCACUCUCGGUCCAUAUGGGAUCUUCCAGGACCACUCAUUGAUGAGCGCAUACAUUGGCUGGAUCUGACAAGUGGGGCUGUGUACAUUACGCCCAGCACCCAUCCUUGGGAUAUCUUCAACCGCUCUCGGACUUGGACCCUCAAUGUCGGGACGGGGUUAUGCCACAAACUCCUACGCAACGGGAAGGAACACACCAUCGUGGACCCUCUAUGCCCCCUCUUCAAUCGGGUCGCAAAUAUCUUAGAUGGCUUGACAAACAGGCGACAGCUCCUUGUCAUACAACCAUCGCCCGACGGCGGUCUCGAAGUCCACAUCCCGCGACUACAAAUGAUGUUUUUUGUCAACCCGAACAAACGUUUGUUUUCGCCGCAGCUUCAGCUCGAGGUUGACCCGAACCAAGAUGCUGGAACAUGGUACGGUUUGACAAGCAAACUAGUGUGCUGCAGCACUGAGAACCCGCUUCGCCGGACGGUUCUCGUGCCGAUGGGCCCCGUGUCCGCCACCAGAUCGAGCUUCCAUGUCAGGAUCCAUGUCGAAGGGGACGGUAGAUAUGGAAAAUUCACCAUCAAUGAUACGCUUGGCAGAAUCGACUGCGCGGCCGAGCCCACCCUAGUGUACACCAAGGCUCUGCUGCACGCAUACACGUCGUUCUUGCUUCCGGAUUCUCUAACAGGACGCACCGGGGUUGAAGAGAGUCUCGACUGGCUUCGCUCGGGUAUCUGCCGUCCCUGGACAGUUCUUGCGGGAUCGCCCGCCAUGAUCUUGUCGCAAAUCGCACAUCUCACGCCUGUGCGAGACUACUACCCACCCGACUUGAGAGUCAUGGCAACAAACCAUUGGGACGAGACACUCACUUGCCACAUUCAGCAUCCCUUGUAUCGACAGUUGGUGGAGGAGAUUCUGGGGAUUUCAAAAGACCUCGAGAAGUUUUCCACAGGCUACGCUGAUCUUCCCCGCGCUAGCGGACUCCCUCCCGUUGGAGAACCACAUUUAACUACCCGAGCGUUGGUACGUCGUCGCCUGUAUGAGCGAAAGGGGAGUAACGACAAUGACAAAGAAACGGAUCCGCCCUACUUAUCUCGCGACAAAUCGUCAGCCUCAGAACCGCGGUACGCCACAACCAUGGAAAUUACCCACCUCUUGCGAACGAAACCGGAAGGGUUCAAAACCCCGCACAAUCUAGCCACCAUGCUGUCGCAAGGCAACACGAUCGGUGGUUACGGGGCUGAGUAUCAGACUGUAUCGUUGACCGAGCAGAUGAGGACUGACCUUCGGGAACAUUGGGGCGCGCUGGUCGAAACCUGCCGCCGUGGUCAAUCAAGUUAUAGCCUCAUGUUCCUGUUGGUAACGUUGUCCUUCCGAGAUACCUUUGAUGACGGUUUACUCAAGGGAAUCUUGUCAUUCGCAAUCUUCGACGAACUCCAGGCCCUGCCGCUCCCGCCCUGGCCUUCCUACUUCAACUUUCAACCGGAUAGCGACCCCAAGGUGGAUUUUAUCGCCCAGUUGAUCCACCCAUUCCGGAUCCCAGCUCCAGAAGACGAUGGCGAACAGCUUGGGAUGCUCAUCACGGCCAAGCAGCGCCGCAAGAUGAAAACGGCUAAGGAGGCGCACGAAAUGAGAAGCGAACAAGAUUGCCGGUACCUUGCCAAAUAUCUUGUGGCUCAGUGGCCAUGUCGGGAACCUGAUGUCUCUAAUGGUGCACGUACUGAUCUCUUACUGGACAUCACGAGAGCGCUCGAGGUGAUCCGCCCUGAAUGGCUGCGACUAUUCCAAAACAGGGAGUUAUCACGUCACCUAAACCAAGUUCAACAAAUUCUGAACUGCCGUCGCUCCGAGUUGGAGUAUAAACCCCCGACAGUGAUUGCGUCGGGAUCGGUCUUUGCGUCGCCUCGUCACCCAGCCGCUGUUCCCAACUUACAUUCCGACCUUCUGGGCAAGCUCUUUGAGCCAAAUGCUGGGUACUUUUGGUCAGAACCCUCGGCGAUGGAAUGGGCCCCACUGGGCAGCAGCCCGCAAGAUGACCGCCAGCUCUUGAUACACAUGCGCAACUCAAGGCCAAUUGCUAACGGCAGGCCUGCAAUCUCCCCCCAUGAGGUUAGAAUGCACAUCGAAGAGCUGCAAGGAAUUAUCGACCGCCUCGCGAAGAGCAAAUCGUUGGUGCGCAAGACCUAUGCCCAGGAUCUCACCCAAAGUCUCGAGGCAUUCAAGAAGCUCAGGACGCCCCAGCAGCUAGCCACGUUCCUCGGACUCCGUGACAACAAAAAGGACGUAUCACAACUCCUCGGCGCUUUUGCCUCCCUGAAGAGCUCACUCGAGAGGCCAACCCCGGCAAUGUCAGGCCGCCAGAUUCAUUGGCUCAAGAUGGGGGGACUUUGGCCCGCAAUCACCACAGUCUCGUUGCUGGAGCCGUUGCGUUCGACGGCAAACCCAUCUUUCGGGAUCGGCGUACGGGACGCGCUGAUCACCUUUGGCUUGGCCAUAACCAACCUGCAACGAGCGAUGAGGCUGAACGAUUGUGUUCGAGCGGGUGACACAUCACGCUUUCAGGACGAAGAAGCGAAUUUAGGGCAUACAAACUGGAAGCCCCAGGAUCACCCCGACUGGCUGUUGCUGGAGAUCGACUCCAACCUCCUCAUUCGACCCGGCCAGGUUGACGUGGCCCGGGCUACCAUUUCGCCAGCGUCUGGAACUAAUUCUGUCCUGCAGAUGAACAUGGGCCAGGGCAAGACGUCGUGUAUCAUUCCCAUGGUUGCGGCUGCGAUGGCGGACAAGAAGAGCCUUGUACGUAUAAUCGUUCCGAAAGCCCUCCUCCAGCAGACUGCGCAGCUUCUCCAGUCUCGUCUGGGUAGAGUUCUGAACCGCCAAAUCGGCCACAUCCCCUUCUCGAGGCGUACUGCGACGAACGAGGACAACAUCCGGUUGUACUACGACAUCCACAAGCGCACCCUGAAGACAGCUGGUGUCAUGUUGUGCUUGCCGGAGCACAAUUUAUCUUUUUUACUGAGUGGACAACAAAAAAUACUUGACAACAAAGUCAACGAAGCAACGCCGAUGAUCAAGGUACACUCUUGGCUAAGUUCGGUCUGCCGUGACAUCUUGGAUGAAUCCGACUACACGCUGGCGGCACGCACACAGCUCAUCUAUCCUUCUGGCUCACAAUUAUCUGUUGAUGGUCACCCACACCGAUGGCAUAUCGCCCAAGCCCUCCUAAAUCUUGUCGACCAACACCUGUACGACUUACAGACCACUUUCCCGCGGUCCCUCGAAGUGGUCCGACGACCAGGCGGUGGAUUCCCCCUCAUCUACUUCGCCCGCCGGGACGUCGAGGACGAGCUGCUCAAGCGGCUAGCCGCUGACAUCACCAAGGGGCACGGCAACAUCCUGCCUGUGAACACGUUUGACAGUCGCGAACGCGCCGCAGUGCGGGACUUUCUUUCCCCUACUGCGCGUCGACUGAAACCCACGACUCUUGCAAGGAUACGGACCCUAUGUUCGGAUAAACCCCAAUACGGCCUACGUCCAAAUUCAGAUCCCGUGGCCGUGCCGUACCAUGCCAAAGGAGUACCGAGCGAGCAGUCAGAAUGGGGACAUCCUGAUGUGGCCAUCCUCUUCACUUGUUUGGUGUUCUACUACGACGGCCUUGACGAAACACAGCUGAAACUAGCUUUGGCCCGCGUACUCAAGUCGGACGACCCGUCGACCGAGUACGAUAAGUGGGUGCAGUCCUCAGACGACUUCCCGGCAUCUGUCCGGGCGUGGAACACGAUCAACACCGAAGAUGCUACGCAGGUCGGCGAGAUUUGGCGGGCAGUCCGCUAUCGGGUGGUCGUUGCUGACUACUUUCUGAACAACUUUGUCUUUCCGCAACAUGCAAAGCAGUUCACAGUGAAGCUGCAGUCCAGCGGCUGGGACGUGCCGUUAUUCUCUGCGCAGUCAAUUCCUGAUGUAAAGAUCCCAGAGAAGCUUCGGACGCGGGCUCUCACCACAGGUUUCAGUGGCACCAACGACAAUCGAACCAUGCUGCCUCUUACCAUCCAGCAGGCUGACUUGCCGACAUUAUCGCACACCAAUGCCGAGGUCUUGACGUACUUACUCCACGACCGAUCACGCAAGUGCGAAACCAUCAGAGAUGUCCGGGGCGGCCGAGCGACUGAACGCGAUUUGCUCUUUAUGCUGAAGAAUAAGGACAUCAAGAUUCUCAUCGACGCGGGGGCCCAGAUCCUGGAAAUGGACAACAAGACGCUCGCCAAGACCUGGCUGGAGAUCGACAAACGCGGUGACGCUGCGCUGUACUUCGACUCAGACAACAAGCCGUGGGUCAUCUCGAAACUGGGCCGCGAAACGCCCCUCUUGGCAUCGCCGUAUGCCGAUGAUCUGAGCAAGUGCCUGGUGUAUCUUGACGAGGCGCACACGCGAGGAACCGAUCUCAAAUUUCCCCCAGAUGCUCGAGGUGCGCUCACAGUGGGCCAGGGGCAGUCCAAAGAUCAUACGGUGCAAGCUGCAAUGCGGCUCCGACAACUGGGAACUACCCAAUCCAUUACCUUCUUCAUCCCCCCAGAGGUGCGCCAAGCAAUUGUUGACCUGCGGGCCAAGUCCGACUUCCAUAGGAUUGACUCGCAUGACGUGAUUCACUGGCUACUGGACAACUCUUGCGAGAGUAUUGAACAGCUGCAGCCGUUAUACUACUCGCAAGGCGUCGACUUUUGCAGGAGAACUCAGGCUGCCCUCGAUUAUCCCAACUAUCUGGUGGAUUCCCAUGACCGCGCCCAGUAUGUGUCAUCCAUCAAGCAGAACGAGCUGCAGACAUUGCAGGAGAUGUACGAGCCCAAGACCAAGGGCGGCAAGCAAAGUGGCUUCCAAUCGACGCAUCCCAAGAUGGUUGCGUUUGCAGAGGAGCUUAACACGCGACGCAAGGGCUUCCAGGACACAGGAAGGGCCGUUCAUGGUUCCGCGCUGCAGGAAGUCGAGCAGGAGCGUGAGGUCGCGUUCGAAGUCGAGGCGGUCCGUCAGGUGAAGAAGGCGGUGCAAUACGACGCCCUGGGCUUCCCCGGCCUGCACCGAGACCUCGAGGUCUUUGCCCGCACUGGGCGACUUCCCAUUGAGACCAGCGCUGUCUGUCGCGUCUUUCAGCUGAUCUCUGCCACUAAGCUAGGCCGGAAACAUAGGGUGUCCGGAAAGGUUAGUCUCGCACAUUCUAAGUUGCUCGUGUCGGUCGAGUUCGGUCGGACGGUGAAGCUCUACACCACUCUCCCCCCGGACAACCUGCUACGGCCCGUGAACUGGGUACUUUGGAGCGCGGUCUUCGAAACUGCCGUGGUCCUCAUUCCCGAAGAAGCCGAGCAAGUCAUCCGCAUGAUGCACACAAGAUCAACCCACCCCCGGGUCCACCUCCUAACCUACGCCUCUCCCGUUACGAGACGCAUGAUGGAAUUCAAUAACCUCACGUUCUUCAGCAUACCGCAGCUACCCAAAAACUGGGAAGCACCGCAAUGGCUAAAGACUGAGCUCGGUCUCCUGGCGGGAAGACUCUACUUUCAAUGGCGCGAACACGCAGAAAUCUGUAAAUUCCUCGGCGUAGUGGAAGCCGGGAAACCCGGCUCGGGGCUCUCGGAAAACGAAGAGGAAGACGAUGCCGUGACUUCUGAUGACGAAGUUGCCGAGGACCAAGAUGAAGAAGACAAGGUGGUAUCCGCAUCGAAGGGGAAAAAUCACAGGGUCUCGUCUUCCUUCUCGCCCCGGCCCUUGGCGUUUCUCCAGGACUGGUUGGCGGUCCGCCGGCACGGACAGGAUUUUGUUCAUACGCCGAUGGGCUUCUUGACGCAAGGCAAGAAGCUACAGGAAAGCCAUCCAUUCUUUAGCGAGGGAAUGUCAACAAGUGUGGAACGGUUGGAACCAGUGGCUGGAGGUACGGCAGCGGAGACGACGUGGCGCGAGGGCAGCCGCUGGGAUGUGGAUGAUCACGGCGGUGUGGACGAGGGCGCGGUGUUUGACGGUGUUGAUGAUAUGGGCGCGAACGUCGGUGAUGUUAAGGGAGACGACGAGGACGUGGAGGUGGUGUAUGAUGAGAGCGAGUGGUUUGACUCGGGUUCAUCCAGAAGCGAGACCGAAUCAGAAUAG